UCAGUAUAAAUUUCGCCGUGGCCAAUAUUGCUCUCACGAUCAGUCAUCUUUGCUCAGUAUCAUGGGAGUUUUAACCAAUUUAGUCAUCCUUUCGUUGACACUUGCCUUCAGUGUUGCCUCUCGAAACCUUGCUACCCGCUCCUUUGUGCAGCUUUCUUCCAAUCCCACGUCUGGGCCCAUUCCUUAUUGCGAGAACGGCAAAUGGAUCAGCUGCGAGCAAGUCGCCGUUGACCUGUCAGCACUGAGAAGCAACCAACCCUUAAUUCUGCCCAACGGAGAUAAGGUUAGCCCUUUUGGAUCCCCACAAGGAUCUGAUUUUGGCUCAGUUACGGCUGUUUAUCAAUCUGAAGACCUAUUGAACUCCAUGACCAUCACUUUCUUUGCCUUGGGCACCAAUGAAGUCAAUGCUGUCAUUCAUGAGGGGGACAAAGUUUUCAACUUGGCUCCUUGUGACCAAAAUGGCCGCGAUUGUCACGUUUUAGCCGAAAAAGACCCGGACUUGUUCAAUGUGGGGAAGGCCACGGCCAACUCCACAAUGAGGGAUUUGGUGUUAAUGACCAAGACCGCCUUAGAACGACUCACCGAUGUGGAGGACCGACAAGAGCAAGGUCAAUUACAACAAGAUGCUGAUGGGACGUACAUAGCCACCAUCAAGAUCUACUACACAAGUCAAUUUGCCGAAGCAGAAUCCAACGUGCAUGCUUACAUCUCCAACAUGAUAGCUCAAGCCAAUGCUUGCUUCAAAAACUCACAAACCACAGUGCGUUUGCGAUUGCUCUGUACCGAACAACUGGGUAACAUGACUGAACACACAGAUCCAGAGAUAACUUUGCUCGAAUUCGCCACCAUCAAAGGAAGUACAGCCAACCUACGCGGAACGGCCGAUUUCGCCCAUCUUCUUGUGCAAGAGAUUGAUACAGGCAUUUGUGGACUCGCCUACGUCGGGGACCCACAACUUCCCUUUGGAUUGUCCAAGAGGGAUUGUGCCAUUUCCACCUACGCCUUCAGCCACGAGCUUGGCCAUAACUUGGGAUGUUACCACGACCGCGAAAACUCGCCCAAUGCUGACCCCAAUGACUAUGGAUUCGGAUAUUGGAUUCCUGGCACUGGCCACCGCACUUUAAUGGCGUAUUGGCAUGUCUUCUUUCAAUCGUUGUUGAAUCUUUACUCCAAUCCGGAAUUGCGACACGAGGGUAUCCGUAUUGGAGAUGCCCAGAACGAUUGCGCCCGCAGGAUCCGAGAGAAUGUCCCGACAUUUGCCAAUAUUGGCUCAGACACCGAUACAUGUGUCGAGAACGUCCUGUCAACGUGUAAUCGUUUGACCUACCGUUUUUUACCCACUGGAGUGAGCCUGGUGGUCGACUAUCCACUGACUGGAAACUAUGGCAAUGAUGAACAAUGCCGGUGGCUAUUUAGGACCGCACCUGGCCGACGGUUAAAGAUGCAGGUCGAGACCAUGGACAUUGAAACCCACGAUCGGUGUCUUUACGAUAUGCUCGCUUUCUUUGGGACAACGUUAGGGAACCUGGGCUUCUGCGGUACUGGAGCUGGCAGAAUAUAUCAGUCAGUGGGCAUUAUCUUCAUGGUGAGAUUCACUUCAGAUGGCUCCGUGAAUGGAGGAGGCUUUCGAGUCCGUGUCGAAGCCAUAUAAAGAUUGAAAUGGAUCAUGUGACUUGAUGCUCCUUUUCGUUUCAUGCAAGCUGACGUGACAGUUCGUCGAGAAUUCGUCUAGAAGGAUUUUCCAUUAUUUCAUGUUCCAAGAUACGUGUUUGGCAAAUAAAAAGCGUAAGCGAA